AAGGCAGCGAUGAAAAUUUGCGGAGUAGGACAUUUCACCUAUACGCAGGAUUGAGAAGUUUGCGUUAGAUCUAAGUGAAUAAACUACACGCCCACGACACGAAUACAAGCAACGGACAAUUUGCUCGGCCAAACUUUCUUCAGAAACAGAGCAAAUUUUGGCACCAAACAGCCUCAUUCACGGCGCCAGGUUCUCGACCAGAUCGCUGCAAUUCAAGGGGGAGAUCCUGAUGGUAAUUGAGACUUGGCCUUGAUUUCUUAAGGGGUCAGAGUGGGGAGCAAAAACGGAGCGGAUCGGAUGGACAAGAACAAGAGCCGUACCGAUCUGCUCGCAGCUGGACGUAAAAAGCUUCAACAAUAUCGCCAGAAGAAGGAUGGUAAAGGAAGUAGCAGUAAAGGAAAGUCUUCCAAAAAAUCAAACAAAUCUGAGCAGCAUGAAUCUGAUGCUGAUGCUGCAUCUUCUGUUGCCAAACCAACAGUCUCAUCACAGGUCUCUGAAGGGGAAACUGCAGAUGUUGACUUUUCAGUGUCACAGUCUAUGGAGAGUUCACUGCCUUCUGGGCUUGACACUGCAGCAGUUGUUACAUCACUGGAGCCCAUUGAAUCUGAGACAGACAAUGUCGAUACUGUAUUAGCCCAUAAUGGUGGAUUACCCAUUGAGGUGAUAGCCCCCGGUGAGCAUGAUGUUGAUUCUUCAGUCCCUAAUGGUGGGGAAAGUACGCAGAGUGUUGAUAGUGAGCUGUGCACAGAAAUAACUUCCUCAACUGCAGACAUCCCAGUUUUUGAAGGGGAAACAAAACAUGAUGAUGCUCCGCAUCCAUCUGCUUCAGUUGGUGCCACAGAAGGGACAGUGGUUAAACUUGAUGUGGUAGGUGUUAAUGAGGAAAGGGGGCAGAACCCACUGCUUUCAGAAGAUGAUUUUCCUGAUAUGUCCUUGUCUCAAGCAAGGGGAGAUCAGGUAACAGAUCUAGGGGCAAUGCAGGAAGCUAAUGGUAUGGGGUUGAACCAAUUUGAUAGAGGCGGUGAAACAGAGUUUGAAGUUGAUGGUAGAUUUCCUUCGUCUGAGCAUGGUGAAUGUGCUGAACCUCUCGAAGGGGCAACUUCAGAAGUAACUAGAAUGGAUGGGCCAUCCAGUGAGGCAGAGCAGGCCAUCGGCAGAGAUGAUGCGUCUGUAUUUACUGGGGCAGCCAGCAGUUCCCAAGCAGAUGGAAGUUUGGCUGUGAGUCCUCAGAUGAAAAAACUGGCUGAAGAUGUAAUACCCUGUUCACCUGUUGAAGAAGAACAAGAAAUAUGCUCUUCAUUUGAUGCUAUUGGUGGUGAAAAGACUGCAGAAGGAAAUCAGCAAUAUUUACCAGGGGGCUCCUUUGUGUCUUGGGGUAGAAGUCAUGAAACAUCUCUUCAGACAGAAGCGGCAAGUUCAUCAGAUCUGACUUUGUUUCUUGCCAGGGAUGGUUCUCUCAAACUCUCUCAGCUAGCAGAGGUGAUAAGAGGUCUUGAUGAAGAUGAAUAUAGGCUUCUGCUUAACUCUCAAGAAUUGGUUUCCAUUGCAAAUGUUGGGACUGAUACUUUAGCACCAUCUUUCCAUCCAGAUUUAUUCGAGAAAUUGAAAGAGGAAUUAUAUCUCACAAGUUUUACGAAAGAUAUAUUUUAUUUACAGCUUUCUGAGCAGUCAGAUCUGCAAAUGGAAUCUGAUCGGCAUUGUCAUCAGCUUAUUGAUGAAAUACCUGUGCUUCGUUCUUCCAUCAAUGAGGUUCACAUGAAGAACGCAUGCCUUGUAGAAGAGCUAGCACAAUGCAGGUCUGAACUCCAGGUUUGUGCUAAUGCAAGGGAGGAGCUGCAAAACCAAUUUCAUACUGCAUUGGCACAGGCUGAGGAAUUUUCUGCUAAAGCAAAUGAGUUGCACGUUAGCCUUGUAAGGUCACAAGAGGAUUUAUCGAGCCUCUUGUCUGAAUUAGCUGAUUACAAGAAUCUGGUGGCCGCUAUACAGGUGGAUAAUGAUAACUUAAAUAGGACUCUUCAUUCGCUGACUGAGGAGAGAAAGACACUUGCAGAGGAAAAGGAAUCUUCUCUCCAUGAGAAUGAAAAACUGUCAAUGGAGUUAGCUAGAUACAAGGAUUUGGUGGUCACUUUUCAGGAGGAGAGUGAACAGUUAAAUGUGACUCUUGCUUCGCUGACUGAGGAGAGAAAGGCACUUGUGGAUGAGAAACUGUUGUCUCUUCAGGAGAAUGAGAAGCUACUGGCGGAAUUAGCUGAUUGCAAGGGCUUGAUUGCUGCUUUACAGGUGGAACAUUCUGACAUAAGUAAGAAUCUUGCUCUAAUGACAGGAGAGAGAAUGAAGCUUGAAGAAGAAAAGGAGCUUCUUGCAUGUGGGAAAGAGAAAGCAGCUCUUGACUUGGAAGAGUGUAAGGGUUUGCUUGCUGCUCUACAAGAUGAAAAGUCUAACUUGAAUGGGAACCUUACUUUAGUUACAGAGGAGAGGAAGAAGCUUGAGGAGGACAAGGAGUAUCUUUUCCAUGAAAAUGAGAGACUUGCUUCUGAGUUGCUUGUUCUCCAAGAGCAGUUAACUACAGAACGUGAGGAACACAUGCAACUUGAGGCUGAGCUAAAAGAAGUAACAGUGCGCCUAGAGCAGUUAAUGGAGGAAAACAGUUUUCUCAGUGCCAGUCUGGACAUGCAGAAGGCCAAGAUUGUGGAAAUUGAUGGCAGGGAAAACCGGGAUGUUGAAGCUGGGAGUCAAGUACAAAGUUUGGAUGUUGGUAGCAGGGUCCAAGAAAAUGCAGUUGACAAUGAACAUUCUUGCCAAAUCCCUUCUAAGCAAGAUCCUGAAGCUUCCGUUGUGGUAUUGGAGAAAACCUUACCUGUUGAUGUCGUUGGUGGGCCAUCACUUGCACUGCUUGAACAGGAAGUCUUUGAUGAUUCUUCUGGUUUUCUAGUCUUGAAGGGACACUUGAAGGAGGCUGAGGGAAUAUUGCAAAACCUUGAAAAGUCAUUUGAACAGAUGCACUUUCAUUCAGCCUUGUUACAGCGCUCCAGCAGUAAAUUGGCUGCACCAGGAGUAUCGAAACUGAUUCAAGCCUUUGAGUCAAAGGUCCAACAUGAUGAGCCUGAGGUUGAGGAAGGAGAUUUGACUGAAUACAAAUCACUGGCAGAUCAAUUUAAUUCAACAAAAGAGGUAACAGAAAAUUUGAGAGCUGUGCUUAAGCUCUUGGGUCAGGAUACUGAUAAUGCUAGUGCACUUUAUAGACGUGAGCGGGAUUGUAGAAAAUCUGCUAAUUUCACAUUUGGGGAGCUCAAGGUUCAACAUGAAGCUUUGAAGGAUUACGGUGACAAUCUUGAAGCAACCAACAUUGAGCUGGGGAUUCUGUAUGAAGCUGCUAAGCAACAUGCUUUUGCAAUUGAAGCCAAGAAUAAUGAACUUGAGGUUCUUUAUGAAGCUCUAAAGUAUCAAGAAAGUAGCCUCAGUUCAGAAAAUGCGGAGCUUGGUGAGAAAUUGAGCGAGUAUCAUUUGAGAAUUACUGAAAUGCAGAGUCACUUUUCUGAUUUACAGCAAAGGUCAGAUGAGAUGGCUUCUGCUCUAAAUCACCAGUUGGAAAGUUUACAGAAGGAAGCAGCUGAGAGGGCAUUGAUGCUUGAACUAGAAUGGAAAUCUACAGUUACUCAGAUUGUUGAAACAGUCAGGAGGCUUGAUGAGUCUAUUGGGAGAGUCUCCAACUCCACCUUCUCAAAUAACAGCAAUGAUCUCUUGGAUGUAAAUAGCCUGGUCACUACUUCUGUUAGUUUUGCCAUUAACAUAAUCCAGGAUCUGCAAGAGAAACUAGAAGCUGCUUAUACAGGUCAUGAUGCGCUAUCUGGUUCUUAUAAAGAAGUCAAUGAGAAGUAUGAUGAUUUGCUCAGGAAGAAUGAAUUAAUGGUAGGGAUACUAAAUGAGUUUUACAAUGAUCUGAAGAAACUUGUGAUUGAUUCAUGUGUAUUGGUGGGUGAGCCUGAGAUAAACCCUCAAGUUGAGGAGCUGCCUGAUCCCUUAGAUUACAGCAAGUAUAAGAACUUCAUUGAACAACUGGAGUAUGUUUUAGGUGAAAGGCUGCAGCUCCAGUCUGUAACUGACCAACUUAAUUCAGAAUUGAUGAAUAAGACAAGAGACUUUGAGGAAAUGAGAAGAGAAUGCCUUAAUUCAAAUGCCAUUCAAAAGCUUAUAGAAUAUGUUGAGAGUGUUGUAGAACCGGAAAGCAAUGAGACUGACUCAGAUAAAACACCUGGUUCUCGCCUUGAAUUUUUAGUUUCUUUGCUUGUUAAGAAGUACAAAGACAUUGGUGAGCAGGUGACUGAUUGUAGGGAGGAGUUUGGAUCUAAGGUGAUGGAAUUGACAGAGGUGGAGGAAAAGAUACAUCAGUUAGAUGCAUUGAGACUUCAGCGUGAAUUGGAAAUCCUUGCUUUGAAAGAAAGCUUGCGCCAGGAACAGGAAGCCCUUAUGACUGCACGUUCUGAGUUACAGGAAAAAAUAAGUGAACUUGAACAGUCAGAGCAGCGAGUGUCUUCUCUUAGGGAGAAGCUUAGCAUAGCUGUCGCAAAGGGGAAAGGUUUGGUGGUGCAGCGUGAUGGUCUUAAGCAGUCAUUUGCGGAGACAUCUGCUGAACUAGAUAGAUGCUCUCAGGAAUUACAGGUGAAAGAUUCCCAGCUUCAUGAAUUAGAAAUAAAACUGAAGACUUACUCAGAGGCAGGUGAGCGUGUGGAAGCUCUGGAAUCUGAGCUUUCAUACAUUCGCAACUCAGCUACCGCAUUAAGAGAAUCAUUUCUUCUCAAAGACUCUGUACUGCAGAGAAUUGAAGAGAUUUUAGAAGACCUAGAUCUGCCUGAGCAUUUCCAUUCUAGAGAUAUUAUUGAAAAAGUUGAUUGGUUAGCAAGGUCCACCACUGGUAAUUCUUUGCCUCCCACUGAUUGGGAUCAGAAAAGUUCUGUUGGUGGUUCAUACUCUGAUGCGGGUUUUGUCACUGUGGAUACCUGGAAAGAAGAUGCACAACCAAGCUCAACUGUAGGGGAGGACUUGAGAAGAAAAUAUGAGGACCUUCAGAGCAAGUUUUAUGGGUUGGCAGAACAAAAUGAAAUGCUGGAACAGUCCUUAAUGGAAAGGAACCACUUGGUGCAAAGAUGGGAGGAACUUUUGGACGGAAUCGAUAUGCCUUCACAGUUGCGGUCCUUGGAACCUGAAGAAAGGAUUGAAUGGUUGGGAGGUGCACUUUCAGAGGCUUAUCAUGAUAGAAAUUCUUUACAAGAGAAGAUUGAUAACCUUGAAAACUAUUGUGCGUCUUUAACUGCAGAUUUGGAAGCGUCUGAAAAGAGAAUAUAUGAUCUUGAGGUGGGCCUUCAAUCAGUUACUCUUGAGAGGGAGCAUCUUUCUGAAAGAUUGGAGACUUUGACUUCUGAUCAUCAUAACCAUGCAGCAAAGGCAGCUGAGUUUGAACUUGAGAAUGAAAACCUCCAGAAUAAAGUUAGUGGUUUGCAGGAAGAAUUGGUUAAGAGGAUUGAAGAGGAGGAAGGUCUUCUCAAGAUGGAGGGUGAGAUAAGGAGAUUGCAGGACUUGGUUUGUGAUGUAUUACGGGAUCCUGAAUUAAAAGAUUUGGUUCCUGGUGACAGUAGUAUUGCAUGUUUGGAAGGAUUACUGAAGAAACUUAUAGAGAAUUAUACUAGUCUUAAUUCUAUGAAUACUGAACUUGUGAAUAUUGAAAUGGACCAGACCAAGCUAGGUGAUGAAGCCAGAAGCAGAGAAGCACUGACUACUACUCAGGAGGAUGUAGCUUCUUUGAAAAAAGAGCUGGAGGAGGUGCUGCAUGACUUGAUGCAAGUGAAGGAGGAAAGAGAUGGACACUUCAGAAAGCAUCAAUCUUUGCUUCAUGAAGUUCAAGAACUUGAAAGGAAAAGGGAGGAGUUGCAAGACCUACUAAAUCAAGAAGAGCAGAAGUCAGCUUCUGUGAGAGAAAAGUUAAAUGUUGCUGUUAGAAAAGGGAAAUCUUUGGUGCAACAACGGGACACUCUGAAAAAAACCAUUGAAGAGAUGAAUACUGAGCUGGAAAACUUGAAAUCUGAGCUUAGCUACCGGGAAAAUGCUCUGGCUGAUUAUGAAUUGAAGAUCAGGGACCUCUCUUCUUAUCCUGAAAGAUUACAAGCUUUAGAAGCGGACAAUUUGUUCUUGAGGAAUCAUCUGACAGAAACUGAGCGCGUUUUGGAGGAGAAAGGACACCUUUUACACAGGGUAUUUAACUCCAUAGCUGACAUUGAUGUUGGUGUGGAAAUUGAUACCUUUGAUCCAGUGGAGAAGCUGGGGCGAAUUGGGAAAGUGUGCCAUGAUUUGCAUGCAGCUGUUGCUUCUUCUGAACAAGAGUCACGGAAGUCCAAGAGAGCUGCAGAGCUACUGCUUGCAGAGUUGAAUGAGGUUCAAGAGAGAAACGAUGGUCUUCAGGAAGAUCUAGCAAAGGUUGCCAGUGAACUUACAGAAGUCAUGAAGGAAAGGGAUGUGGCAGAGGCUGCUAAACUUGAAGUUCUGUCGCAACUUGAAAAGUUAUCCACAGUUCACUCUGAAGAGAAUAGGAAACAAUAUUCUGAAUUAAUGAUAUUACAAUCUAGUGUAAAUGAACUCAGGAAGGGCUUCAAUGAUAUUCAUAAUCUACUAUCUGAUGUUUCUUCGAAGGACUUAGAAUUUCUGCAAAAUUUGGAGGUUAACAUCAAGUCAUGCUUGGAAGGGGAUGAUGCUCGAGAUGUGGCUGGCUCGCCAUACAUUACAUCCAGCAAUUUAGAGAACAAGAACUUUCAAUCCAUGGAUACUUGGUCAGUUACCAAUAUGCAGGACCUUAUGGAUGAUGAUGCUAUAGUCAAAGUUUGCAGUUUAAUCCGGCAUCACUUGCAAGGUUUGAUGACUGAAAUUGCUGCACUCAAAGAAAAGUUCAUUGUGCACUCAAAAUUAUUACAUGAACAAGGUCACAGUAUAUCGAAUGUACUGGGGAUCUUGCACAGAGAAAGAAAUUCUCUGAAAGAGUCAUUUGAAGCUAUGAGGCGAAACAUUAUGCAUAUAGAAUCAAUUGGGAAAGAGAAAGACCUGGAGAUUGUUGUGUUGAGAAGAAACAUUGCCUUGCUUUAUGAAGCCUGUGCUAAUUCAGUCUUGGAAAUUGAAAAUAGAAAAGCUGAGCUGUUAGGAAAUAAUUUGGCUACUGCUGAUCAGGGGACUUACUUGAAGCAUGUAACAUUAGCUGAUGGAGGACUUCCUCUUAGUGGACAAGAUAGUGUUUCAUCCGAGGAACAUAUUAGGACUGUGGCAGAUAAACUUUUGUCAACAAUGAAAGAUUUUUCGAGCAUGAAAGCUGAAAUUGCUGAAGGAAGCCAAAGGGAAAUGAAAAUUACCAUAGCAAACUUGCAGAAAGAGCUGCAGGAGAAGGAUAUCCAAAAAGAACGAAUUUGCAUGGAGCUUGUUGGUCAAAUCAAGUUAGCUGAAGCAGCUGCUACGAAUUACUCGCGAGAUCUUCAAUCUUCAAAAACACUGGUGCAUGAUUUGGAGAAAGAAGUGGAAGUAAUGAGGGAAGAACAGAAGUCAUUACAGCAGAGAGUAAAAGAACUGCAGGAAAGACUCAAAUCACUGACAGACGUGUUAUCAUCCAAAGAUCAGGAAAUUGAGGCCCUCACACAAGCACUUGAUGAGGAGGAGAUCCAAAUGGAAGAGUUGACAAAGAAGAUCGAGGAACUAGAAAAAGUUUUGCAACAAAAGAACACAGAUUUGGAGAACCUUGAAGCUUCUCGUGGAAAGGUUGUGAAAAAGCUUUCCAUCACUGUGAGCAAGUUUGAUGAGCUUCAUAAUCUAUCGGAAAGUCUUCUAGCUGAGGUUGAACAGCUUCAAUCACAAUUACAAGAUCGGGAUGCUGAGAUCUCCUUCUUAAGACAAGAGGUCACUAGAUGCACCAAUGAUGUUCUUGUCACAUCACAAAUGAGCAACAAAAGAGAUUCAGAUGAGAUAUACGAGUUUCUGACUUGGAUUGAGGCAAUCUUUUCUCGUGUUGGGGUACCUGUUUUGCAUUUUGAUACUAAAAACAGUAAGGUGCCUGAAUACAAGGAAAUAAUACAGAAAAAGAUUAGUUCUGUUAUAUCAGAAUUGGAGGACCUACGGGGGGUUGCUCAAAGUAGGGAUGAAUUGUUGCAAGCAGAACGGAGUAAAGUGGAGGAGUUGACACGCAGAGAAGAAACUCUCAAGAAGACUUUGCGUGAGAAGGAAUCCCAAUUAGAUUUGCUUGAAGCUGAGGGAGAUGUUGGUCAGGCUGCUAGUUUGAACUCAGAAAUUGUGGAAGUUGAACCUGUGAUAAACAAGUGGGCAUUAGCGGGGACCUCCACAGCAUCCCAAGUUCGUAGUUUGCGUAAAGUCAAUAAUGAUCAAGUUGCUAUUGCUAUAGAUAUGGAUGAUGGUAGCAAUAGUAGGUUAGAAGAUGAAGAUGAAGAUAAAGUUCAUGGUUUCAAAUCACUUACCUCAUCAAGAAUUGUUCCAAGAUUUACAAGACCAAUAACCGAUAUGGUAGAUGGCUUAUGGGUUUCUUGUGAUCGGGCGCUUAUGCGACAACCUGCCUUACGGCUUGGCAUUAUAAUCUAUUGGGCUGUACUGCAUACGCUGUUGGCAGCUUUUGUAUUUUGACAAGCCAAUCUGGUUUUCCAUCUGUUUUUGAGUCAAAGUUUAGCAAGGAGUGCCACCCACGAUUUUUCCUUCAAAUGCAUACUUGGCUCAAUAAUCAUUUUUUAUCUUUCUGAACAUGGACCAUUGAUUCAUUAUUUAGCUCAACCAGGCAACUUUGAUUUGCUGUUUUUAUCUGUAUGCAUCUCAGAUUGCUUGGUUAUGUCCAAUAAGAAAAAAUCAUCGUUACAAUUACAUAGGACAUAGAUUAAGGAUUGUUCACUUUGAACCCAACCAAAGGUUGUAUGAUGCUACUGUAGUUAAAAAGAUUUGUCUACAAGCAACAGAUUUUGUUAGUUAUACACAAACAAGAAUGCUGCAUUUUGAAUGG